GAUGCUGUCGACUAGGUUACGGAGCCAGCCUUGGACAGACUCCAGAUCAAAGUACAUCAUGUGACUGCUAAUUUGAUUCUUUUUUUUUUUGAGGUAAACUGCUAAUUUGAUUCGAUCAACACAGAUAUAACAUAUAUAUUAUACGUACUAUAGGUCAAGAAUCAAUCAAUCUGUACCAGGACAGGACCAAGAAAUUGUAAUGUAAUGUCGAUCUUGCUGAGCGCAUGACGUGCACAGCGGAGUCGGAGCAGGGGGAGCACUGGUUCAAGAUCUCCGAUUACAGCAUUCACAGGGGCAUGGGCGUCGGCUGCUACAUCGAGUCGUCCUGGUUCACCAUUGGCGGCCAUUACUGGCGCCUUCACUAUUACCCGGACGGAUAUUCGGAAGAUGGCAAGGGCGAUAUGGUGGUCGGUCUGGAGCUGAUGGAGCUGUGUGGGAAGGAAUUCCCGUCGCGGGUAUCCUCCACAAUCAGCUUGUUCUACUGGGCAACCAAGCGGUUUUCUCUUUCUUCGUCGGUGGCCAUGUCGGCCAAUCUUCGCGAUCUGAGCCACUUUGUCACGCACAACAUAAACAGGGGCAAGAUGGAAGCAUCAGAAUAUAUUGUUGAUGACCGUCUCACUAUCAAAUGCAUCGUGACCAUCAUCAAGGAGCCAUAUGUUUUCGAGGCGGAGGCCCAGGUGCCGGUGCCACCGUCGGAAAUCACGGACCAACUCGGGAAGCUGCCAGAGGCAAAGGAGGGCGCCGAUGUGACAUUCGAGGUUCAAGGAGAGGAAUUCCCGGCCCACAAGCUCGUGCUGGUGGUGCGGUCUCCGGUUUUCAAGGCCAUGCUCUACGGGCCGAUGAUGGAGAAGGAUUCAAGCCGCAUCGUCAUUGCCAACAUGCAACCCGUUGUCUUCAAGUUUCUGCUCUACUUCAUUUAUAACGAUUCGUUGCCUGACGACGACGACGACUUGCUGGAUGGAGACGAUAAGAAAAAGGUGACCAGACACCUACUCGUGGCUGCGGAUCGCUAUGGCAUGGAAAGAUUGAAGCUUAUGUGCGAAAUCAUCCUCUGCAAACACCUCGAUGCCGAGUCUGUUGCAACUACAUUGGCUUUGGCCAAUCAACAUACUCGUUCUGGGCUACAAGAUGCUUGCAUUCGAUUUAUUGCAUCAUCAUCUACUAAAAUGUUAGAUGAUGUGGUGGCAAGCGGAGGGUACAAAUCGUCUCAAAAGAACUUGUUCAGAUACCAUAAUGGAGAUGUGGGAAAAAGCAAGUAGGCUCCGCAAAACCUAGCUAGGAUUGUUACUUUCUGCUCAUCUUAACUAAUCAUCCUAUAAAGAAUGGAGUACUUUUUUCCCAAUA